CGGAGAUGUGACGAACGUCGUGCGGGAAUGUGUGAAUUCGAUUUUAAGUUCGUUUUGUUAACUUAAUUUAUUGCCCUUUAUAUAUUGGUGUCACGAUAUCUGAAAUGUUUGUAGUGCUCGGCGUGUUUUUUCUUGACAGACUGAAUUGUGCGUGCCUCCUGUGUCUACACAAGUUGUUAUUCGUUUUACUCUUCGAACAUAGUGUCAAACUGAAUGAGAACGGUUGUGAUAACUUUAGUGAUUACUUUGUAGUAAAGAGUAGAAUAGUGUUCUGUGAUAUGCCGAAGAUUUGUGAUCUUCUGUUUACAACGAAUGUCGCAAUAGUGUUUUCAGCCCAUGAGUCGUGUAGACUCGAAGGCAAAUAAGUGUUUUGUGUUCCCAACGUUAUGACGGCAGUUAGUAUGCUGUCACAGUGGUUUUACGUUUUCAUUUACAUCGCCGCUAACAUAAAAUACUGAUCAACGAAAGCGAGGCCUUAGUUACUACUACUAGAAGACCACAUCAACGAAGCAAUAAUGGGUUAGACUAACUAUAUGUACAUAUAUAAACAGAAAUAUAUUUUUGCGUCAUAACCUCUAACGUGCUGUAGCAUGCAGUUUCUGUUUACGUAAUUUCACUUAUUGAAUGGUGAUUGAAUACCACACACAAGUGUUCUAGAGAAGAAUGAUACAUAAAAUGGCUGAACCUGCCAAGGUGUGCUGUUUACUGAAGUAACGUGGCUGAAAUGGAUGAUGGAUCACAAAAACUGCUGGAUGUAAUUGAGAAUGGCAGUAGGUCCAUCACACCUCAUGAGGCACAUCCAAUGACUACCAUUUGCCUAGAACAGCGUACUGAACUCUGCUGGUCAUGGAAUCCCCAGCUUGGCACAUAUCUGGUGAUCCAACAGCUCUCGAGUCAUUUUUGGGAAUUGCAGCUGCAGGGGGUGCUUCAGGUGCCAACAGUAACCUCUCUCGGUCAGUUGCUGCACCAGUCCCCGUGUCGACGCAACAUUUUGUCCUCACUCCAAUUUCACAUUCGCCACAUGCACUUCCGGCAAAUAUUUCUUGACUCUUCCAACAACUUGUGCCUGGAAACUUCUGGUAUUCAGAUUGGGAGUUCCAGAAUGCCAUCUGGGCCAUCCGGUGCCCCUGUUGGACCUCCAGCACUCGCUCAAGCGGUUUCUGCAAGUUCAAAUGUUUCCGGAUCCUCUAGCAUAGCGACAGUACUUAAUAAUUCGAACAUUCCUGUCGGAUCUAGUGGUGUUUCCAAUAUACUUGUCGGUCCACCUGGUACAGUCUUUACUUCGGCAAAUUUAUCACUCUCACAAAUGACUGUACCUCAAAGCACUACUGCGUCUCCGAGUUCACCGUUCUCCAUUCCUACAAGGUCACCGCACGCACCCCCUACUCCAUCUCCGAGCCCACUUCCGAGGAGAUCACCUGCACCCCAGCACCCUCCGUCACCUGCUCCUUCUCCGUAUCACGUGCAGCUGCAGUCUCCUCAAAACAGUGCUGCCACAGCGACAGCUGGUUUUGUCCUAUCUGCAACUGCCCCGCAGGCAAAUUUGGUGAAAGACAUUAUCACCAGUUUACCUCUACUACAGCCACCAUCCUUGAAGACUGUACAGGGCUCUAACAUUAAUGCUCCGCUGACAGCUGGUAACUACAGUGUAGGGAAUUCUGUAAAAGAGGGUUUCAGAAGUGUGCACCAGCAAACUUCAACUGUCGUUUUACCCCAGAGACUGUCUGCGGCUACUGGCAACAGUUUGCAGUCUCCGCAAAAUGCGAGUUCUCCACCGUCUGUCCAAUCAUUUGUCAAUCUCCAGACACCACAGCCUGUUCUGAUAUCCCAGUCUGCGAGCCUGCAGGCUUGCCCGGGCAGCCAGGUGUUGACCCACGGUGCCAAGAACAGCAGUCCUGUCGGUCCAGCUACUAGUGGCAGUGGGCCUCUUACACCAGCUGGGGCUCUCACUCCAGCACCAUCUCCGUCUCCCCAGCAUCGCACUGUGCACAGCCCUGUUAUUCGAUCGACAACACCAACUCCUGUUAUACAUCAGGCAUUGCCAGCAGGCUUAGCAAUACCUGGUGCACAACAGUUUCCCGCAGUGAUGUCGCAGGGCGGUACAGCUGUUCUGCAGACUACCAAUCAUCAGCUAGUUCAGAUCAUUCAUCAGUCUGCUGCUGUGCAAGGUGCAAGCUUUCCAGCACAUACACAGAUUAUAACAACAGGUGGUGCUGCUGCCCCCGUUCACCUUCACUCGGCAGCGGCGGCUGCUGCAGCCAAUGCAGGUGCAGCUGCUGCCGCUGCCAAAACCAAACAGCCACCACAAAUUUUGCCUAAACCACCAGGAACUUCGAGUCUGACUGCAAGUUCGGGACAUGUAAAAAUUCCAAAUGUAGCAACACCACCUCAUCAAGGUUUACAUACGCAGAAUCACAGUACAGCAGGAACUCAAGUCGUCAUUGGUCAAACAAAUCAAGCGGCAAUGAUACCAACUGCACAGGGAGGAACUCUGCUACUUAAUCAGGUUCUAAGGCUUGUAGCAGCACAGGGUACAGUGCAACUGCAGUCAAUUCAGACACCUAGUGGUCCCACACUUAUUGCAGUCCCAUCAGGCUCAGCAUUGAGUUUUCAGCCGGUGUCUCAACUUACUUCACCACAGCAACCGCAGACUCAGUCACAGCAAACAUCCAAAUUAACAAAUCAGCAUGUGUCUAUACAGACAUCAAAUACCAUUCUUCCAGCUGUCUUAAAUAAUAUUCCACAAUCCUUCCAGCAGAAUGCAUCAAGAACAAGUCUCCAGAAUAAUGCAGCAGUUACCAACUUGAACCUUAAUGUGCACAAUUUGAGUCUGAAUGUUACAAAUGCAAAUUCUGCAACGUGCUCUCAUAAUAGUGAUAUUUCAGGAGACACUUUACCAUCCUGCCAGAGUUGUUCUGUCACUCAGCAGACCCCAAAUAGUUCAAAUAUUGUGUCAGAUUCGCCUGUAAAUGUGAACUUGAAUGUGAAUGCAAGUGAAAGUGCUUCAAAGAGGAACUCACCCAGUGGACUUCAUAAUACUCCUGAGGUGGCUAAAGAAAAUAUAGAAACAGUUAAUAUUAGAGAAUCAAAUGGAAACCAAAUGGCGGCUCCAACUCCUCUGCCUCUAAACAGGAAAAAGUCUAAGAAGAAGAAAAAGAAAAAUAAACUGGAUUUAGCCAACAUCAUGAAGUUGUCAGGUAUUGGAGAUGAAGAUGAUAUUGCCAUGUAUGAAGCAGAGGAACAGCCAAUUACACCGUCGGCUGUUGGUCAUGUUCAUUCAGUUGACCAGUUGCAGUCUGAUAGCACUACUCACCCAUCACAAAUGUUGAACAACAUCCCAUCAGCUCCACAGAUUCCUAUGCAGGCAAAUGGCCAGGCAUCACUACGUGUUUCACUAGAGGACUGUCAGGUAGUGUUCCAGCCAACAUCUGAAACACAGCAGAACUCUCCAUCGGGCUCACCACAUCUUGUGUCCACAGGAACAAAUACUGUCAUGGCACAACCUAGCUCUGUUUCAUCCUCAAGCUUGCCCACAUCUCAAGUAAAUCCUGUUCACUUCGUGACAGCGAGCUACAGUUCGAGUACCUCUCAGAACACACAAACAUCACAGUCUGAAAAGUAUCAAUUACCAGCAAAACAGAAUGAUAGUUGUGUGAGUGGUUUGUAUUCUGACCUGUCUCUAAGAAACCAGCAAAGUAGGGACAUCACCUCUGAAGUUGGAGGCAAUAUAGAAGUAGCAGCAAUAACCAGUGCUUCAAAUCCAGUGACGUGUGAUGCAAUACAAAACAAAUCCAGUGGAAAUGAACUUGAGGAUAUUUUUGUAGGAGUCUCGGUAACAGAUCAGUCUGCUAUUAGUGAUAAAUUAGUUAAUUCUCUUCCAAGCAAUAUGAAUGUAAUUGUUGCAGAUGCUGUCAGUACUGUAAUUCCAGCAGUUACUACAUCAACAAAUACUUUAACUACUGUGACUCGAGAAGCAAGUUCGGCACCUAGUGCACAGCCAGUUGGAAAAUCGACACAGGUUUUGUGUACGGCAGUGGCUCCCAGUAAUGUAUCUAGCAGAAAUUCGCAAAAUGAAAGUGUCAGCAUUUUAAUUGGUGGGAACCCAGCCAUUCCACCUUCAGGUUUCAUAUCACAUUCUGUCGUACCAGCAUCAAGAAAUUGUCUGCCACUAGAGUCCUCAAAAUGUACAGAUGGAGAAACAUCCAAACAGACACUAUCUGCUACAUGUGAUAAAGCUGUAAGUGCAAAUCCUCCCGGAAUCUUUAGUUCUGUCGGCCACAGUACGAGCACUAGUGUAGAACGUGUUGCAACAGGGAAUGCUGCCACGACACAAACAGAAAAUGUAGAUGUAGUUUCAACUUCAUCAGGAAAUACAUUAAUAGGCCCACAGGCACAACUUCAAAAUAGCCAACAGUCUACUACAAAAGUUUCAGAUAGACAGUCUACCUUCUUGCCAGUUUCUUCGUCAGCUAGCACUCAAAACACAUGCAGUGCUCCAAAAACUUAUCCUUCAGUAGAUAAUGCACCAACUAUUUUAGGUCUCCAUGCAUUUCACAGUUUACAAGGUUUAGUCUCAUCUGCAACACCAUUGAUGGCAACUAUUCCACCAAUCACUUCAAAUGCAGCUACAACAAAUUCCAGCUAUGGAGGACCGUUGACGUAUACUGGAGCUGAACCUUUGGUAAUAGCACACCACCAGAGUGGCUUGCCGUCUGUAAUUACAGGACCACAACUGCUACAGUGCCUUCAACAAACACAAGGCCAACAGACAGGUUUAAUUAAUAUGUCACAUUUACAGUUAACACAAAAUGCAAUCAGCAAAGUUAUUGGGAGCUCUACAUCUAGCUUGUCAUUCAAUGCUGGUACGGGAACAAUUUUGAUUGGUGGAAAUCCUGUGGAAAAUUUCACAAAUGCUAGUCAGCCAAAAUCGACAUCUGCCGCUGCAGCAGUUAUAAGCAGUGCAAAAUUUAUUCCUCAACCAUCUGUUCUCCUCCAGCAGUUAAACACUGGCUUACGAAGGUGUUCGAGUGAUUCAAAUUCUUCACUUUCCCUUGGAAGUCCUCCAUCUGUGAUUGGUUUAAUCAGUCAACAGACAGCUUCUCAAACAGAGCAGACUAGUAGUCAGCCUAUAAAAAAGGGCCCAUCACAGGAAUCUAUUGAAACGCAGACUGUCUCAAUAGGAGUGCAAAAUUCUAAUUCAAGCAGUUCCAGUUCAUUGCAAGGAUUUCAAAAUACAGUGCUGGAAAGUACAUCUCAUACGAACAAUAACUUUGUUUUGAAUAAAUUUACAAAAUCGGUGCAGUAUAAUAGUAUUCCUAGUGUGUCGCCUACUAUGAGUGCUGCCAAGAAGAAGAAGAAGAGGUAUGAACGAACACCACCAAAAAAUGUCACGUGUGUGUCAUCAGCAGGAAUUUCAAGCAAUAAUACACUGUCAUCAACAAACUGUGUGAGGAACACUGCUCAACAUGUGGAAAAUGGGAACCGUGUUCUCCUGUCAGUGGAUUCCAGCAGGUGUGUGGUUCAAGAACGAUCUGCAGUGAAACCGUGUGGUAGUCACCCUCUUGUGCCGGGUCAGAAUUUUCAAAAACUCUCUGCAGAACCUGUUUCAUCUUCAUCCUCACCUUCAUAUGUUGUUUCCUCACCACAGUUCAGUGUUACGUCGAACAUCAGAGCAGCAGUAGUAUCAACAUUGGCGUCCCCCGGCUCGGUGGUGCAGCCAGAACCGUCACACCAUUCAGCUGCGCUUUGUCAGCAAAGCAAUAUUUCUCCUUCCUCCAACAUAAUUCAUAGAAAUUUGUCUCCUGCCAGUGUUAUGUCUAAUGUAAAUAAAAAUAUAUUACAACAGACAAACAUAAUUCCUGCAACAAAUGUAAAUAAAGGUAACAGUCAUUUUACUUCAAGUCAGGAAAUGAGAAAUUCAUCAUCACAUCAAGUUCCGUCCAUUGUACAGACGAGUUUAUCAACGAAUAGUCUGAUGAUAAGCAAUCAGCCUGAAAUUUUACAGGUAUCUUCUAGCUCAGUUACUGUUAUAAGUAAUGGAAUAACAAGCACAUCUGAAAUUGCUCAAAGGAAGCAAGGCGAUAAUCAUCGUGCAGUGGUUCAGGUUAAUAACUCCCAGCAGACAACCAACUCUACUGGUGGACAGAGCCCUGUUAAAUUUGUGACUAUACAAGAUGAACAUCAACAGGCACCAGCAACACAAAAUGCAAAUCCUACAGCAUGUUCUAUUGGAAACCCACAGCAAACACUGAACAAUCAGUUAUCUCUGAAUAAUAUGAAUCCUAGUGUGCCUCAUCUAGUGCCAAUUCCCUCUAACUCCAUUGCGGUUCAUCCGGGAUCAUCACAUGGUCUUCAGAUACAAGCAGCGGGAACUACUGGGAGUCACGGUCUUUUGCCUGGAAGCAUCAUUCAGAAAGUGCAUACCAUUCAACUCACUCCUCAGAAUCAGAAGCAUUUGAAAGCAAUACAGAUGCAGAUCCAGUCUUAUAUAACAAAGAAGACACUUAUUCCAAAUGACCACGUGUUGCAACAAUUAUUUGAGGAGCAGCAGAGAAUUUUAGCAACUGGGAUACUUGUUCCUACUAUUCCUGGGCAACAUGCACAAGGCUUGCAGUUUGUAACUCCACAAAGCACACAGUUACCAGCUGUAAGGUAUCACCAUCAGAUUGGAAAUCAGAUUAUACCUCUCACCCCGGCGACUCCUCCAAAAAAUCCGAGCGGUGUAUCUGUUCUUAACUCACUUGCUGCCUCUCCCAAUCUUGGUGUUGGAACACAGACAUGCAUGCCACCAGAAGAAUUUCCUCAAACUUCCGCACAUAUGAGUAACAGAACAUCUUGUAAUGGAUCACCGAAUGGCCAGCAGUGUACAUCAAACACAUUUCUGCCAUUAAACAACAAUAAAUCUGCGCUUACCUCUAGUAGUAAAAUUCUACCUAAUCACACAACAGCAGCACUAAAAUCCGUACCAAACACUGUGUUUACAAAUGGCAGCAAGUCUCAUGCAGUAUCAUGUGCUGGUGGAACAAAGCCCCAAGCGAAUUCCUCUCCUGCGUCUCCACCACGUGGUACUAAACGUUCUGCUACAAGUCCGUUGCGGUCUAUAAGCAGAAGCGACCUCAUUGAACAUCAACUGAAAACUGAUCAAACUGAAGCUUCAAUGCCUGAUGUGCAGACACCUUUUUCAAGUUCUCGCGAUGCAUGUAAGCGCCUUAUUCGGUAUCAUGUGUAUAAUGAAAAGGUCUUGAGCCAGAAAGAUUUGGAGAAAGCUGAUGAAAUAUUUGAAGCAACUGCGAAACAUCUGUUAGAUAAAUUUCGGCAAAUGAUGAAUAAAUACAACUAUUUGCUGUUGAUGGAGAGCAUGCGUGAAGUAAACACAUCAGAAUUGAUAAUGAUUGAUCGGAUGUUUGUGGCAGAGGAACAUAAUAUUCUGGAGAAGCUAAAGGAAGAGGAACAGAGGGCAAAAGAAGAACCGGUGACAGCAGAUGUAACAGCUUUGAAAACUGAGCCUGCAGUUGAUAGCCAGAGCUGCAGGUAUCUGAAUUCCGAUUUAGCUGACAUUAGAGAUGUGCGAGUAGUCAUCCAGGAUGUCAUGAAAAAUGAAUCAAUAAAGAGAGAGUUGGAAGAAGACAAAUUCACUGUCAUAAAGAAGGAAAAGUUGGACUUCGAUAUAGACAGUGAUGAAGCGAUGCCAGUGGAGCAGUCUACAUCAGCACUUGUUCCGAAGGUAGAUCAGAAUUAUGAUGAAUGGGAAGAAAUACAAAAGGAGCUAGGAGUAUUUUGUCCCACCUCUCAAUCUUCGUGUACGCUUCAGGAGACCUCUGUUGUUGUAAAAUCUGAAGAAAAUGAGAAUGUCGACAGUUGCUGCCGCCACAUUAAAAUGGAAGCUGAUGAUGACGUGUCACACGGAUUAAAAAAUUUAGAUCCGUUGAAUUGUAGGACUCCUGAGUACAACAGGACUCACGAUAGUGUUCAGAACAUUUCUACAGAUGCGUUAAAAUGUGAACCUAACUCUGAAAAUAUGGACACAGUGCAAAAGUCCUGUGAUAGUGCAUCAAAUGGUGAACUCUGUGAUCUCUAUAACCACAAUAUUCCUAAAUCUGUUACUUCAGAUACUGAAAUUCCAGAAGAUCCAAACUGGGAGAAAAAGUUAGGAGUGGUGUCGGGGGGUCUCAAAAGUAGGUGCUCUAGAGAAAGAGUGGCUGGGGAGAGUGAGCCAUUGAAGUAUUUGAGCCAGUGUGUUGUGAACAAUUUAACUAGUGAUGUUGAAGUGCAAAAGAAAGACAGGCGAGAUAUCUGUGAUACCACUGACAGUACCACAACUUUUGUGCACAAAAGAAAACGCCACAAACAUGAUACUCAUUUUGUCAGUGAACGUAUUAAAGGACUGUCUAAUGUGAUACGUGGAAAUAGGAGAUUUUGUGAAAGUGAACAGGAAAACGAUGACGAGGACAAUGAUGACGACGACGAUGAUGAUGAUGAUGACGAUGAUGAUGAUGAUGAUGACGAUGAUGACGAAGAUGAUGAGGAGGAGGAGGAGGAGGAAGAGGAGGAGGAGGAGGAGGAAGAAAAUGAUGCUUUAAAUGCUCAAGUACAAAGUGCUAUCGAUAGCAUACUGAAUCUGCAACGCUCAGAAGACGGCUACGAAUUACCAUCUGCGAGUGUUGGUGCCGUGAGUGAUGUGAGUGUACUCAACCUGCCGGUAGAUGUAAACUCUGAAGAAAUAGAUCACAAAUAUUCUAGGAAAGUUGCUGAAGAUAAAUUAUUUUCGGAAGAGAGAAGUACAAAGCUUCUUAAGUGUCAAAAAAGGACUACAGCAUCUGUUGUGAAUUCUUGUGUUAAUUCUCCAGUGUCCAUUGAGUAUAGUGGUGAAACAGAUCCUUUCAUAAAUAGGAACUCUACCAUUGUUAUUACUAAUGGUGGUGGUAUGGAAGAAGACAGCAGUGGAAAUGGUGAUGCUGCUUUAGAUGAGGCUGUAAGAAGUAUAUUGACAUCCUGACCUUUGCAAAGCAUGACACAGCCUUUGCUGACCUUUGCAAAUGCACCACUGACUUCCAUUCUCAGCUCAAAUUGGUCAACUUUUUGCUAAGUUGAGUCAUUAUUUUAGAAUAAAUUCAUUAUAAUGUACGUUCUUCUAUAAAAAUGUCAUUUAAGCACAAAUUCUUCACUAUUCUAAAACAUAAAUCAGUAUUUAUUUUAUUAGUGAAAAUUGACCACCUAUGAUCUGUGAGGAAGUCUGUGACAGGCAGUCAGUCAAGCUUCGUUUAACAGCUCUAAAGUGUAAAACCAAUCUUUUGCAUAAAUAUUAUGCUCCAGCAAUGAAAACCUGCAGGUUUUGUUGUUUUUAUUUUAUUGGCAAUUUGUACAUUACUGAACAAUAUUUAAUUUCUGAAAACAUAUUAUGGCUAACGUUUCAAAUAAUGAUGUCAUUUAUGCUGGCCAUAUUUGUGUAGAAAGUAUGGUAUUACACUGUUUACUUAGAUUUGUUUGAUUCAACAGGGAAGUUUGUGUGUGUGUGUGUGUGUGUGUGUGUGUGUGUGUGUGUGUGUGUGAGAGAGAGAGAGAGAGAGAGAGAGAGAGAGAGAGAGAGAGAUAAUCACAUGGGUGAACAUUAAACUGCACACAUUAAUGCUGGAACCCAUGUUUGCGAAUCUGCUCACUGUUUGGCAUUUUGUGGCAUUGUUAUUUCUUAUGUGAAUGGCAGUUAAUAAUAAGUUGGUUUUAAAACUUAAGUAUUACCGGUGUUCUUGCAGUGGGUGAGAAACAUGUUUUAUAUUUGUUUCCAGAAUGUAAUCUAGUCAUUAUCAAUAGUUUCAUGUGGAGUGAUUCCUGAACUUCCAGUAAGACACUGUUACCAUAACUGUUUUGUUGCAGUGCUAGUACAGAUACAAAUGACUGUGUAGGUAGAUGUAGAUGACACUUCUGGAUCAGUUUUUGUCUUCUUUGUUCUUAGGCAGAAUAUUAGUGCUGAGGUUUUAUGAGAUUCAUACAAAAUGUCCAUAUUGCAUGUGAUAGAGAAUAGUUUCUGUAUCUAGAGAAAGUUUGCCUACAGCUUACAAAUAUUGUUUGAACAGCAGAUGGAAUAUAGAGCUGGAAGCUGUGUGUCAUCACAUUCCUUGGUUUUUGUUCCGAGUUUAAGACAAUUAUAAUGAGGAGUACAUACAUGUGCCAUCCAAUAGUCACAUUUUGGACAUACAACAUGAGGGUGGUGCUGCAGUGCAGUACUCUACCCCUCCCCUUCAGCAUACUGUAAUUUGUGGCCUAUCUGUUGUUUUCAAAUAAAGCCACUCAGAUAUUUUCUUUAAGGUGAAUACUCAUACAUUCAUAUCAGUUAUAAAAAAUCAUUUUGUAGCUCUUUCACAGAAGGAAUAAUAUGGUGUCAAAUGAUACACAAGAGAAUUAAACAGAUUGUCUUUAAGGUAAAAAAAAACUAACUCUAUGCAUAUAUCAGUUAUUUGUCCAUAUUAGUUAAAUCACUGUACAACAUAGUCAGCCUGUUCUACCAUGCAAAAGUGGCUAUUCAAAGGACAGAACGUUAUAGCCCAAGCUAAGAAGAACCCAUCUUUUAUUAAAUAAAUUGAACAUGUAUACGUUUUUCUAUGCUUUCAAAGGCAUAGAUUAUUUAUCUCAACUGCAAUCUAAUUAAUAUUGUAAAGUACUGAAUAUUGUUCUUUUUUGUAAUGUAGAGUAGAGAAAAUAAAUAUAUCUUUUAUUUGUCUAGAUCACAAUUUAUAAAGUAUUAGUGGUUUUGAUUGUGCUAGCAGUCAUCAUCGGAUUUUAAUACAGUGUUGAAAUUUGGGCAGUGCACUUCUCUGAUGUGUCGAGUAAGAUGGCGUUUUAAGUUUCUUUUGGUUGACUUAACCCAGAUCCAGAUGAGUUAUGUUCACCACAGGGCUUACUCUCACAAUCUUGUGUCACACACAUCUGUUCUCUUGUGAAGUGUUUCUGUCAUAUUGCUCAUAUGCUUCAGGUUAAGGGUUACAUGCUACCUUUACUGUGCCCUGGUUUAUACUGUGUGACAUCAUCGAAUUUUGUAUAACCCUAAGUUUAACACCAGUGGAUGUUUAAUUACUUUAUCAGUUCAUACCACCACACUGUAAAACAUAAUCAUGGUUGUUUACAAUGUACAGUGUGACAGUGUGCUUUGACAGAGUAAUUAAAUAUCUACCAGUGUUAAAUAAAGCAUUAUGCAAAGAUCAAUAAGAACAUGCAAAGCAUAGCUUUAGCUGUGCCCUUGUUUAUUCUGCGUGACCUCAUUGAUCUUUUAUACUGCUUGAUUUAAUGCUGGUAGAUAUUAAAUUGCUUUGUCAACAUAAACCAGCACACUGUAAAAUGUAAACAACCAUGGUUACGUUUUACGGUGUGAUGUUAUGAUUUGAUAGAAUAAUUAAUCAUCCACUAGUGUUAAGUGUAGGGUUAUGCAAAAAUCAGUGAGGUCACACAGCAAAUGCUGCAUGUAAUCCUGAACCACAAGCACACAAACACUGUGAUAGAAAUACUUCACAUGUUAAAGAGAAAAGAUGUUUAUCUCACAAGAUUGUGAGAGGAAGCCCUAUGGUAAACAUAACUUGUAUGGAUUAAGUGUGUCAGACAAAACAGAGAGCUAGACUUUGGUUUGUGGAGACUGGCCAAAAAUUUUCACUAAAAUUUGAUCUUACUCAAUACAUCAGAGAUGUACACUGCCCAAAUCUCAACCUUGUAUCUAAUAUGAUUACUAUCACAACCGAGACCAGUAAUAUCAUUUUAUAAACUUGUGAUCUAGACAAAUAAAAGUUAUAUAAAAAAUUAAGGUACGUGUUCCACAUUCUUGAUCAUGUCAAACAUAGUUAGAGUAGUGAAAACAUUCAAAUGAACUUAUAAUAGUGGUUCCUUUCUCCUAAGUGGCUAUGCAACUGAUGGUGAAUUCUUUGGAUCAUUGCUGUGAUGAUAGUUGCUUAUCUUUAAGAUAUUUAAUGAUUAUUUUUGAAGAUGAUUCCCUCAAAUCGAAAACAAAUUAUUACAGUUCCUUUGGUGAAGACUCUGGACAUGUACUCAGGAGAAGUGAGGCUUAAAUCCCUUUCUGUUCAUCCUCAUUGAGGUUUUGUAUUUUUUACAUUAAAUCACUUCAAACAAAUGUCAAGGUAGUUUUUUAAAUGCGGCUGUGGUGAAUUUCUUUCCACUUGCCCAAUAUGAGCUAUUUCUCUACUUCUAAAGGCCUAGAUGUCAAUGGAACAUGAAAUUUGAACAUUCCUUUUGUAUAUCAAAACCAUCAGACAUGUUCUGUUACAUUAUAUUCAUUAUGGGCAAGGGAAAAGUUUCAAAAAUAUUACUUCUGUCUCCACUGGGUGUUUCCUUAGUAACUGAAAUUUUUUUGACUGUUAUUGCAGCAUUGUUUAACUAUAUUAUGGAGAAAGGUUUCAAGUUCAUCCUUAAAACAUGUUGCACUUUGAAGGUAUCAAGAUGGCUUGCAUUGUGUUAUUUAACUAUGGCAGUCAAACAUUUAGACCCAAACCUUUGUCCAUACUCAUUAAAUAUUUGUCUCCUUUAUUGCAUUAAAACUAAACAUACAGUGUUUUGCCAUAGUUUCAUAGGAAUGACUAGUACCUGUACUCAUAUGUCAAAAAUGUAUUUUAUUUUAUCUUCACUAACUUACUUAAAUCCAGAGACAGCGGGUGAAUUUUUGCUUUCACCGCUUCAUGUCCAGAGUGUAUAGUCACACUAAAUGUUAAAAACAUCUAUAGUGACAUAAUUUUAAAUGAGGGAAAGUGUACAAGAGAUGAAUUUAUCCAGUUUGAAAUUAAUAGCAUUGUUUGGCUUAGAACCUGCUGGUUUUGCCUUUGUGUGCUUAUGAUAUACUGUGUCACUCAUGGGGAACAAAUUUGAUAUCCUAACUCAUUUUUAGAUAUUCCUCUGUAGUUGUAUUUGUAGCACUGCAACAUUCAGUUCAUGUAAAUGUAAAACUUCAUCAGUGUAACAGGCUUGACAGCAUCUUCUUCUCAGUAUUCAGCAGUCUUUUGCAGGAAUGUAGAUACUAUUAGUACACCACAUUCACUCUGUAAGAAAGUGGAGUAAUCCAAAUGCCAAUCACAAUUUAUGCCGUUCACAUUUUUUUAGUCUGUUUAUUUACUGUGGUUGCUGAUUUUAUAGAUCUCCCCCCCCCCCCCCCCCCCCCU